CACCUAAAAUCGUGCCGCAUGAAAUAGAACCUUGAAACUGUAAAUUAUCGUUAAAAAAGUCAUGACAUCGAAAACAUCGUGCAUUACACGGAGAGACCAGACAAAACGUGAUGUGAUGAUAAUGAACAGAAGCCCAUAAACUGUCGGCCGUGGACGCUUGAGGUUAAAUAAUUCUCUGUAUCACGCUCCAAAUGCUAGCGCAGUUUCAUUGCAAUUUCUCUCGAGUGCCUGACUUUUUUAUCAGCUGAUGAAUUCAGUGUUGUUCCGUAGUGCCGCGUGACUAAACAAUUGUUCGAGGGAUAUCUAGUCGGUUUGACACGUGUAUUGUCAUGGCAGAAUUCGCAUUAAACGAACUUAACGGCGAGCAGACAUUGAAGAUCCUGCAGUUCCAGGAAUUAACAGGCAUUGAAGACCUGUCAAUCUGCAGGGAUGUUUUACAGAGGCAUAAUUGGAAUUUAGAAGUUGCUGUACAGGAACAGUUAAAUUUAUACGAAGGACGGCCAUCAAUGUUUGCACAAGACUCGCGGUUAAGGCCGCCACAAGUUGUUGACGAUAGUAAUUCUAGAAUAUAUUUUCAUUAUUCUGGAAGUUCUGGCGGCAGCGGUAGUUAUUUAUGGUAUAUAUUCUCCCUGUGUUACGAAAGAGUGAUCAGUAUCAUACAGCUAGUUCUUUCAAUAUUUAGAGGAAAUGCUAGACCCGUGUCCUCCGAUCCUGUCGAAGAUGUAAUGAACUUCAUUCGAUCGUACGAAGAACGUUAUGGUAAUAGUCAUCCUGUUUUUUACCAAGGCUCUUACAGCCAGGCUCUUUCCGACGCAAAACAAGAAUUAAGAUUUUUGUUGGUGUAUUUGCAUAAAGACGAAACCCAAGAUAUCGAUCAGUGGUGCAGGAAAACGUUAGGCGAUUCCGAAGUUGUCAGAUUCAUAAAUACGCGCACUCUAUUUUGGGCAUGUAAUGUACAAUCCGGCGAAGGCUAUAAGGUAGCAGAAGCUCUCAGACCUGGAUCUUAUCCUAUCCUGGCUACGUUCGUUUUAAGAGAUAACAAAAUGUCCAUAGUCGACAGGAUCGAAGGAAGACCAUCUCCUUCCGAUCUAAUAUCACGUUUGCAAACAAUUAUAGACUACAACGAAAUUAAUUUAAUACAAGCACGCCAAGAGAGAGCGGAACGUAGCGCUGCGCAAUCUUUGCGCCAGCAACAGGAUCAAGCGUACGAGGAGUCGUUACGCGCCGAUCAAGAAAAAGAUCGCAGAAGAGAGGAGGAACGAAAAGCGCUGGAGGAGCAAGAGGCUAGAGAGAAAGAGAAAUUGAAUGCACAAGAGCUAGAGAUCCAACGUAUUCGUCGCGAGAAAGAGCUUACCAUUCGUAAAGUACCUUACGAACCAGAGCCUAGUAACCCUAACGCCUGUCAUUUACAAAUUAAACUCGGGGAGAGGACAAUGAUACGACGUUUUCUGAUGUCGGACACAGUAGAGGAUGUGUAUAAUUGGAUAUUUAGUCAACCGGAUUCCCCAGCAUGUUUCGAAAUAACAACAAGUUAUCCGAAGAGAAUUUUGUAUCCGUGCAGAGAAAUCUCGACGUUAUCGAAAGCUGGAUUAACUCACAGAGAGGUUCUUCAUAUUAACGACUUAGACGAUUAACCUCUAUUGAUCUUUCAAUACUGCAUUCUUUGUGUUUAAGUAUCAUUCCACAGAAAAAAAUGAUACUGUCGCAAGAGACAUUUAUCAAAAAAUAAUAUGUAUAUGUAUAUACAUAAACAAAAUAUAUAUAUAUAUAUAUAUAUAUAUACAUAUAUUUGAUACAUUCGAAUAUUUAAUGCGAAGCGUAGUUCAACGAUGGGAGUGCAGUUAUAAAAUAGGUCCACGAAGUACACCAGAGAAAAAAAAGAAAAAGGAAUCAAAAACUGUCUGUUACAUUGCAUCUUCUGUAUAGAACUAUCGUAUCAGCUACUAUUAGUACAUUUAUCAUGUACUGUGAAUAAUACGCUCAUUAAAGUACAUAUUGAAUAGAAAAAGAGCAGAUUUCGUUUUAGAAACUAAAAAGGAAACUUAUUAUAUAUGGAUGUAUGUAUAUAUAUACAUAUAUAAUACAAACUACACAAAAGCUGUACACCAAACAUUUAUUAUACUCGUCUUAAUACGUUUUAGCUUAAAAGGAUCGUGUAAUAAACUGACUAAGAAGCGUAGGUAAUUUAUAAGAUUAAGCAAACGAGAUGCAGCGGUUAUGAUCGAGGCAUAGAUUUUAAUAUGCACACUUGGCAGUUUUCGAAAAAAUUUGAAACUACGCUGCGUCGAUUUGAAUCUGUACUUUGGAUGUAAACCCGAGGAAAUGUUUCUGGCAAAUGUGGUUCCUUGUGCAUUUUACCGUAUAUGCAGUUCUGGUCAGUCUUAUUGGGAAUACUGUUAGAUAUAAUGAAAAAAAAAAACGAAGUCGCAAUAGAUCCAUCUGGACACGUU